UCUACAUGCAAAAUGGCGAGUGCAGCAAAAGAUUCUCCGGCUCAGGGCAGCGGUGAUGCUGCUUUCCAGACGUUUUACACCGAGGUAAAGCAAAUUGAAAAGAGAGACUCCGUACUGACCUCCAAACAGCAGAUAGAUCGGUUGCUCCGACCAGGCUCCUCGUAUUUUAAUCUCAACCCGUUUGAGGUGCUACAGAUCGACCCUGAGGCCACAGACGAGGAGCUGAAGAAGAGGUUCAGACAGCUGUCCAUCUUGGUGCAUCCAGAUAAAAACCAGGAUGAUCCAGACCGAGCACAGCAGGCCUUCGAAGCGGUUGACAAGGCGUAUAAAUUGCUGCUGGAACCUGAGCAGAAGAAAAGAGCCAUUGACGUGGUCCAUGCAGGAAAAGAAUACAUAGAGCAUGAUAUGAAUCAGAAGAGGAAGCAGUUAAAAAAGGAUGGAAAGUCCACAGUUAUAGAGGAGGAUGACCCAGAAGUGUUCAGGCAAGCCGUGUACAAACAGACCAUGAAGCUCUUUGCAGAGCUGGAGAUUAAGAGGAAGGAGAGAGAAACCAAGGACAUGCACGAAAGAAAGCGACAGAGAGAAGAAGAGAUUGAAACACAGGAGCGAGCUAAACGAGAAAAGGAGUGGCAGAAGAACUUUGAGGAAUCGAGGGAUGGACGUGUAGACAGCUGGAGAAGCUUCCAAGCUAAAGGCAAAAGCAAAACCAAGACCAAGGAGAAGAACAGAACGUUCCUUAAACCCCCGAAGGUCAAAAUGGAACAGCGAGAAUAAUUUUUUAUGUAAAUUAAAAUAUAAGACUAGAAAAGCCGGUUCAAAUCCACCUCUCAUGUCUUUUCUUUCAAACGUUUACAUUAAGGCUUGUAUUUUAAGAACGUGCCACUUUUGCUCCAGCUGAGGGCGCUAUUGGACAACAUGUAUUUUUUCAGUCUUUAUUGAUGCAAGGUAAUCAGAAGUCUGAUUGACUGCACCACAUUUAUUUACCACACAGCAUCGUCGGUCACAAUGAACUACCCCAACAGUACCUUUCUUUCUAGAAACAAACCAGGUCAUUGAUGUGUUUAGGUUUUAUUAUGUACAUAAUUGUGAUUGAGCUGAGAUUGCCAGACAAGUUUUUUUUUUCCUUUUUUAUUUUAAUAUCCUUCACCCCAAAUAAAACUUGUUUGUUGCAUACACUGA